CUUCCCCUCCCAAACCGCUCCCUCCUCAUCCUCCUGUACUGCACUCACACACUAGCUGGGCGGCAUCCGAACUUCGAACGUGCUUCACUUCUCGCUUGAUCAUCACCAGCCUUGCCGUAUGGACGCCAUGUCGUGCCUGGCGCCGCCGACGCAGGCGCAGUUCCUCUCGGCCUCCACCUCGCCGGGGGCGGCAUACUACGCCGACGCCGCCAUCGCGCGGGCGCUGCACUUCUCGACCAUGCCCGAGUACGAGUACGAGUACGACUACUCCCCGGCAGCCUCCUCCCCGUCCUCCGCGUCGGCGCCCUCCUCCUCGUCCCUCCUCGCGGACUUCCCCUACGGCGCGGGCGAUGGCAGCAGCUGGUUCGCCUCCACGGCCGCACCGCCGACGGUGUCGCUCACCUGCGACUCGGUGCUCGUCUCCUCCGACGCCACGCCGCCGCGGCCGCCGUCCACCCCGGCCGCCGCCAUCAGCGCCGCGGCGAACAAGAGGCGGGCGGGCGUGGGCCCCAACGCGGGGCGCGCCGGGAAGCGUCGGGCGCGGGCGUCGAAGCGGGCGCCGACCACGUACAUCAGCACCGACCCCGCCAACUUCCGGCUCAUGGUGCAGCACGUCACCGGCGUCCAGGCCGAGCCGGGCGCCGCCGACGGCAGCGGGCCGUUCGACCUGUCGUCCGGCGCGGCGCUGCUGGGCUGCCACGCGUCGUCCGACGCCGACGCGGACGCUGCGGCGCUCCACCGCCACCACCAACAGCAGCUGGCGCAGCAGCAGUGCUACCCGACGCUGGACUCGUGGAGCGUCCUCUACGAGAGCAGCCAGCAGAUGCUCUAGCCGAUCCAGCUCCGCUGCAUGUACCCAUCCCAUGCAUCAUUAACCAUGAGUAGUACUAGUCGUAGAUUGCUGAUUAAUUACGGCUAGUGUUCAUCUUUUGCCCGGUGCCUGCCUAAUUAAUGUAUACGUACGUACGUAUGCACGUAUUUCUUUCCA